GGUGACACGGCCGGCGGCACAGCGGGGCGCGCGGCCCGCCCGGGCGCCCUCGGUCCCCGCAGCCAUGAGGGCCGGACCCGGGGGGCUCGUCUGGCUCUGGGCGCGUCCCGGCGAUCAGCUCCGGCCAGGGGAGCACGUGUGAAGCGGGGCCGAGCGGAGGCGGCCCCGGGAUUUGGCACGUUCGCAAGGAGCACUCGAGAGCCCCGGGAUGGACGCGGAGGGCCCCGGGCGGUGACGUAAGGACUCGCACGGGCUCGGCUCCACUCGCCAGCCGGCCCCCAUGUCCCCGGGGCCAGCGGCGGCCCCGGCGGAGGGAGGCAGGGCGGCGGCAGAGGUAAGGAGCCCGGUGGCGGGCGGCCCAGCCGAGGAGGAGCGGGACGCGGGGCGCGGAGGCCGGGAGGCCGGACUCCUCCUCCGGCGCGGCCGGACACGAGCGCCAGGCACACCGGUGACCCGAGUCAGCUCGGGAUGCCUGGGACGCGGGCCGGCCCCGCCGCUGCCGGGAGCUGCCGGGACAGCCCUGACCCUGCCCGACAACCCAUCCCCGCCGGAUCCCCACGUGUGCAAGGGUCCCCCGCGGGGCUCUGCCCUUCGACGCGGGGCGUGGGGUCCCCGCGGGUCUCUGCUCCCGGAGCGCUCCGGGAAGGGCUGAACCCUUUCCCGAGGGUGUCCGCGUGUCCGUCCUGGUAGCGCUGUGAUCGGGCUGUCGGGGCAGGAAGCACCGAUCACAGGGCGUCCGUCCGUCCGGGCAGCGGGUCCGCCUGCCCGGGGGUCGGCCGACGGGCAGGUGGCGGUAGCGGGGGUCGGGUGCCUCCGGGGAUCCCGGUGCUGUUCCCGGCGGGGUGCGAGUUUCCGCGGGAGCUCGGAGGCGGUGCGGAUCACGGCGAGAGCCGGUGCUGAAGCGGGUUGGUCUGCGGCUCCUGCUGCUGGCGGGAUUCCGGUGCCUUCCUGAUCCCGGUGCGGUCCAGGCGCCCGUGCGGGUCGGAGUCUCGGUGCCACUACGAGCGGAUCGGGGCGCCGGUUGGUAUCCUGGUGCCAGUGUGAGUCGGGGUCCCGGUGCCGGUGCCCGCCCCGCCGGUCAGGUGACGGUGGCUGGAAUUUGACACCGGCAGCGACGACGGGAGCGGGAUGGAGCCGCCGGUGCCCCGCACUGCGCGUCCGCCUGACGCCGCCGCCACCGCACCCCGAGACGCAGCGGGAGCGGCACCGGGAGCAGCGGCGGGAGUCGGAGGCGAUGCGGGGCAGCGGCGGCCCGGGGGAUGGUCCCCACCGCGGGCACGCUAGCAUGGACCAGCGACAGGGGCCACCAGAGCGAAGGCCUGCAGGACCUGCCACGCACCUGCAGCCCAAGGAGGGGACACUGUGGGGGUUCUUUGCCAUCCUGUCUCUGCUGGCUGGGCUGGCCACAGGCACCCUGCGAACACCACACUGCAACGAGACGCUGGACGCAGCCCCCACGCCACGGGGCACGGCCACUGCCAGCCUGUCUGCGGAGGACGGCGUGGAGGCACCACUUGCCGCUGCCUGGAGCCAGCUGUACGGGGACAACGCGACAACAGGUAGCCCAGGCACCGCAGAGCUGGCGGAGGACCUGCUGCUGCGUGCUGAGCGCUCGCCGCCAGGUGCCAGCAAAGCCAAAAAGCCGGGGAUGAAAUCCCCACGGCGCACCCGUGGGCGCAACUGCCACAUCCGCAACCUGAUGGUGAAGGUGCGUGACCUGGGCCUGGGCUUCAACUCGGACGAGAUCGUGCUCUUCAAGUACUGCAGCGGGUCCUGCCACCGGGCACGCAGCAACUAUGACCUGACGCUGGGCAGCCUGCUGCGGCAGCAGCUCAUCGCCCCGGGGCCGCAGGAGCGGGUCCUCAGCCACCCCUGCUGCCGACCCACCCGCUACGAGGCUGUCUCCUUCAUGGAUGUGGAGAACACAUGGCAGACAGUGGAGAAGCUCUCAGCCGCUGAGUGCAGCUGUAUUGGCUGAGGAGGGGGCCGCUGGCUUGGCCCCAGCUCGACACAUGCCGACAGACUCCAGCUUGCCACAUGCAGUGGCACUGUUGCUCAGAACAAGGGUUUGGCAGAGGCCGGUGCCCCUGUUAUUACGUGGCCACAAAGAACCGAGGUGAGGUGGAGUCAUGACUGGGGUGUGGGUGGCCAAGCCCGCUCCUGCUCAGUGCCAAGCAGCUGGUGCCAGCGGCUACAUGGGGUCCUGCCCAGGUGCCCUGGCUCAGCCCUGGGAGACUAGCUGAAGAGAGUAUGGAUCAUCCCCACCACUCCCAAGGGUCUGCCAGCCCAGGGUCCAUCAGCAGCACUCCUGCACCUGUGCUCCAGGGGCCAAGCACCACCCAAGCUUCAGAGGGGGCAAAACCUCCGUCCCCUCGGGCACGCUGGGAUCAGUGGUGCAGGGGAGGGCUGUCCCUGAGGACAGGGAUGCAGUGGGGCCAGUUUGCACCAGAGUGGAGUGGGGGGUCUGCACCCGGACCAGCAGCAGACCCUAGUAUUCCGCAGGGUGUUCUGUCAUAGACACCCGUUGGGACCCCCACCCCUGCCUGGUUCCCAGGGUAGUGGCAGGGUCCCCGCGCUGCUCCGUGGUGCUGUGGCACUAAACUAUUUAUUACUCUAAAUUAUUUAUUUAUUGUUCUCGAGCGGCAGCUCCUAUUUAUGACUUUGGGCCCCCAGCGGCCGGGUGUAAUUUAACCCCAGCGCUGCACCGAAGCCCUGGGCAGCGCCCCGUGCACCCCGCAUCCUUUUUCUAUUAUUUGUAAAAUUUGAGGGAUAAACUCUAUUUUUGUACAGUCGCCUUUUCCUGUAGCAAUAAAGCGAUGGGCUGCGCGUCCAGCCCCUGCGUGUGCCCGUGAUGGGGACGGGGACGGGGGUGCCCCUGAGGCGGCAGCGGGAGGGUGCGGAGCGGCGCUGCGGGCGGCUCCCGCGGCACUGCCCGCGGUGCCGGUGCGCGGUGCCCGGCAGGGGACGCGCGUGGGCCGGGACUACCGCUCCCGGCGUGCGGCGCGGCGCUGCGGCAGGUCCUGGGCUGCCCGGCCGCGCCUGCGGGGCCGCGGGGAGAGGCGAGGCGGGG